ACUCUAAGUGAGGACUUUAAAUUCAAGAAAUCUGCAAACAAAUUCUACCAUAGUUGCUUCAGAUUAAUAUAUUCCAUUAUCGUUUAAACGACGGUAUUACAUGGCAGCAGAGAUGAGAUUUAUCAUCUCAGCUUGCUUCUUUCUCAUGCUAUUUUCUUAUGGAGCUGCAUAUGAUCCCUUGGAUCCAAAUGGAAACAUAACAAUUAAAUGGGAUAUCAUGUCCUGGACAGCGGAUGGUUAUGUGGCUACGGUAACAAUGCACAAUUUCCAAAUGUACCGGCACAUCAUAAGCCCUGGCUGGACCUUAGGAUGGACAUGGGCAAAGAAAGAAGUGAUAUGGUCGAUGGUGGGGGCGCAAACCACUGAACAAGGUGACUGCUCCAAGUUCAAAGGGAACAUUCCUCAUUGUUGCAAGAGGAAUCCCACAGUUGUGGACUUGCUUCCUGGUGUCCCUUACAAUCAACAAUACGCCAACUGCUGCAAAGGUGGAGUUGUGUCAUCAUGGGGCCAAGAUCCUGAAUCUGCUAUCUCAGCUUUCCAGGUGAGUGUUGGCUUAGCUGGUACUUCAAACAAGACAGUAAAACUUCCCAAGAACUUCACUUUAUUGGGUCCAGGACCAGGGUACACUUGUGGCCCAGCCAGAGUUGUUCCUUCCACCAAUUUCCUCACAGCUGAUCGCCGCCGAAAGACUCAGGCCCUGAUGACAUGGAAUGUGACCUGCACUUAUUCGCAGUUUCUAGCCAGGAAAAACCCAAGUUGUUGUGUCUCUUUCUCAUCUUUCUACAAUGAAACAAUCACUCCUUGUCCUACUUGUGCAUGCGGUUGCCAGAACAAAAAUUCUUGUGUCAAGAGUGAUUCGAAAAUUCUGAACAUGGUGGGAAUAAACACACCGAGAAAGGAUAACACUCCAUUGUUACAAUGCACGCACCACAUGUGUCCUGUGAGAGUGCACUGGCAUGUCAAGCUCAAUUACAAGGACUACUGGAGAGUGAAGAUUUCGAUUACAAAUUUCAACUAUCGGAUGAACUAUACACUGUGGAGUCUUGCCGUCCAGCAUCCGAAUCUAAACAAUGUGACACAAGUUUUCAGCUUUAAUUACAAGCCUCUCCUUCCCUAUGAAUCUAUAAAUGACACAGGAAUGUUCUAUGGAAUGAAAUUCUAUAAUGACCUGCUAAUGGAAGCAGGGCCAUUAGGAAAUGUUCAGUCUGAAGUGCUUCUUCAGAAGGACAAAAACACUUUCACUUUCAAGCAGGGAUGGGCGUUUCCAAGGAAAGUAUAUUUCAAUGGUGAUGAGUGCAUGCUACCCCCACCAGAUACAUAUCCAUAUCUGCCAAAUUCUGCCUAUAGAAAGCUUCUCUCAUUCUCAACAUUGAUUUCUGUAGUGCUAUUCGUCUUUAUAGCUAUUUGGUAAUUUUGGUCCUCAAGCUUGAAACUGUGAAAGAGAGUUAGCAUUCAAGUUUUGAAACGAAGGUUAACUUGGACACAGAAUUGGGAGCAGAGGUUUAAAACCUGAAAAUUCUUUGGAGGAAUCAUAACGUUAGCAUUGUGCAAAGAAUUAUCGAAUUUGUGAGUAGACAAAUUAUAUAUGUAUCAUCUAUAGUGAAUCUCAGAGAAUUUUUUUUGGUGUUUGGGCAUUGUUGCUGUUGGAUACUUCUUCCUUAUAUUGCCAGAACAAUAGGCAUCCAGAACA